CUUGAAUGAAAGUGAGGUGUGGAACGCGCAGGGCCUGCCCACAGCUGACGAGUCGUCAACAGGAAGGACUGUGGAUGGACAUGGUAAUCUGGUUUUGACGAUGACAGGGACGGACCAUUACCCCAUGUCCUCCAUCGAGGAUGACUUUAAUUAUGGCACUAACGUGGCCUCGGCCAGUACUUACAUCCGCAUGGCAUUCCUGCGAAAGGUCUACAGCACCCUAUUUGUCCAAGUUCUCCUAACAGCUGUAACCUCUGCGGUGUUCCUCUACUUUGAUUCUAUUCGCAGUUUUGUGCAUGAAAGUCCUGCUCUGCUUCUGAUUUCUGCCAUUGGAUCACUCGUCACAAUAGUCGCUCUGACAAUUUAUAGGCAUCAGUAUCCAGCGAACCUGUACUUGUUGUUUGGAUUCACUCUCUUGGAGGCGAUAACAGUUGGUAUUGCAGUGACUUUCUAUGAAGUAGCAGUGGUUAUCCAGGCCUUCGUAUUGACCGCAGCCGUGUUCUUCGGGCUGACCCUCUUCACUUUCCAGUCUAAGAGAGACUUCAGCAAGCUUGGAGCUGGUCUUUUUGCAGGCCUGUGGAUCUUGAUUAUUGCUGGCUUUCUGAGGCUAUUCUUUUACAGUGAGACAGUAGAGGUGGUGAUUGCUGCUGCCGGAGCGCUCCUUUUCUGCGGAUUCAUCAUCUAUGACACUCAUUUGUUGAUGCACAAACUGUCACCAGAAGAACACAUCCUGGCUUCAAUCAACCUUUAUCUUGACAUCAUUAACCUUUUUCUGCACCUUCUUCGUUUGCUGGAAGCUUUCAACAGGAAAUAAUCCACAGUGUUUUUAAUUGCCAAAAGGAAAUGUUUGCUUUUAUGUUUCUGGAGAAGGACUGAAAUAAAUUAAUUAUAAUUAAAUGAGUUCAACCAUCUUAAUUUUGCAAUAAACUGACUUUUAUCUGUAAACAAAUUCUGGUAGUGUUUCUGCUCCAACGCACGCACUCUACUGGCCUUUGUACGUGUUAUGUGCACGUGAAUGCAGUGUCGUCACUGGAGUGCGGUCAUGGCUGGUUUGUAAAAUGUUGAACCCCUAGUGUAUAUUUAAAGAGACUUUUAAUAAAGCAAAUGAUUUCUAACC